AAUACGGUAUUUAGAAAGAAGAGAAAAAAAUUAAUAAUUACUGUUUUAAUUUUUAUAAUCUACUUUCUGCUUUGAAAUAAAAUUUACGAUCUCAGAUGUAAAGCAAUUAAAUAUUGGAAAAUGUAUAUUUGCAGAGCGUUCGUUUCUCGUAAAUAUUUAAAUCUAAAUCUUAGAAAUGUUUGUAUAAAUUAUUCCAAAUUGAAACCGAAGAUUAAGUCAAUUACGUAUCAUAGAAAUUAUUUUUAUAGGAGACCACAACUAAAUGAACAACUUCGUAAAAUAGUUGGCUAUUGGCUUUUAACUUGCAGUGGAAUGGUUUUUGUUGCUGUAUCGUUAGGAGGAAUCACACGACUUACCGAGUCGGGAUUAUCUAUGGUAACUUGGAAAUUGUUAGGUGAAAAACGUCCAAAAAAUGAAGAAUUAUGGUUAGAAGAAUUUGAAAAAUAUAAAAAAUUCCCAGAAUUUAAGUUCUUGAAUAAAAACAUUACGCUUGAUGAUUUCAAACAAAUAUGGUGGAUGGAAUACAUUCAUCGAAUGUGGGGUCGUUUAAUUGGUGCCACGUUUAUUAUUCCGGCAAGUUAUCUGUACCUCAAGUACUCUCUAGAUACAGUAUUAAAAAGGCGAAUCGUCUUAUUAGGAACACUAAUUGCUUGUCAAGGAUUUGUAGGGUGGUACAUGGUAAAAUCAGGAUUAGAAAAUAAUUUUUAUGAUCCUGCCGAUAUACCACGAGUUUCGCAAUAUAGAUUAGCCUGCCAUCUUGGUCUAGCUUUUAUUAUUUACUCAGGAUGCCUUUAUAACUCUUUAAAUUACCUCUUUCCUUAUGAAGAAAAGUCUUUGAAACCUUCUGAUUCAUUAUUAAAACGAUUGCAUUCAAAUCAGUUGCACAAACUUAUAAGAUUUACUUAUUUUAGUGGUGCUUUAAUAUUCUUGACAGCGAUCUCAGGAGCAUUUGUUGCGGGUUUAGAUGCUGGUUUAAUAUAUAAUACGUUUCCCAAAAUGUCUGGUAAAUGGAUUCCAGAUGACAUAUUAACUACAUCUCCUAUUUGGAAGAAUAUAACAGAAAAUCCUACUACAACGCAAUUCAACCAUAGAAUAAUGGGUUUGCUCUCAUUGUUUGCUGCAACAUUCAUGGCUCUUACAAUAAAACAAUAUAACUUAUCGAGGCGAGCCAACGCUGCUGCUAUAUCAUUUAUGACACUCGCUUAUGUUCAAAGUAUUCUAGGAAUAUUAACUUUACUCAAUCAUGUUCCCACCUACUUAGCAGCCGCGCACCAAUCAGGUAGUCUUCUCUUACUCAGUUCUAUAGUUUGGCUUUGUCAUGAAAUAAAAUUAAUAAAAAAAUUAAUAAAAUAA